AUGAGAUUAAAGAGGAUAACAUCAAUUCUUGGAAUUUUAGCAAUAUUCCCAUUAAUAACAAAUGCGUUACCCUCAUUAGAUAAACGUCAAGAGUCAGAAAGUGGAGGGGGGGCAUACCCAACCUUCAAUGAUAACCUUUUUGAAGCUUUCCUACCAUUAGAACCUACACCUGAACCAAUAACGAGAUAUUAUAAUUUAACAUUAUCUCGUGCAGAAUUAAAACCGGAUGGAUUCUCAAGAAUUGUUUGGACGUCAAACAAUCAAUACCCUGGUCCAAUGAUUCGUGCCAACAAAGGAGAUAGAAUGGUGAUUUAUGUAAAUAAUGACUUGGAUGAUGGAACCACGAUUCAUUGGCACGGAAUUUUUCAACAUGGAACCACCUAUUACGAUGGUGUCGCAGGACAGACUCAAUGCAUUAUCCCAGAUAAUAGUGCAUUUAUUUAUAACUUCACCACAGGUGAACAAACCGGAACUUAUUGGUGGCAUUCUCAUUUUCUUGCUCAAUAUGUUGACGGGCUUAGGGGUGCGCUAAUUAUUCACGAUCCAAAUGAUCCUUUCCUAAAAGAUUACGAUGAAGAGUUUGUAAUGACUCUGUCGGAUUGGUAUCACAAAACAUCAAUUGAACUAGUAGCGAUGAUGGACACACCCGGAUAUUCAGCCGGAAAUCCCGUCCCCGAUUCGGGGCUUAUCACCGGUAUUGGAAGAUUCGAUUGCAAAAAUGCACCUGCAGGAUCAAAAUGCGAGCCAAACAAUCCACUUGCAGUAUAUCCAGUCAAACAAGGAAAGCGCUAUCGUCUCCGUGUCAUCAACACAAGCGCGGAGGUAACUUUCACCUUUUCGAUCGACGAACAUCCAUUGAAGAUCAUCGAGUGUGAAGGUGAAAACCUCAAGCCGAUCACUUUAAAUAAAAUCAAUAUCGCUAUCGGGCAAAGAUAUUCUGUGAUAAUUAACGCGGAAAAAGACAUUAAAAAUUACUGGAUUCGAGCUCAAAUCGUACAGGAAUGUAUACGAUGGAAUCCUGAUGUAAAAUUAAAUUUAAACGUAACAGGUAUAUUAAGAUAUGAAGGAGCUCCCGAAGAGGAUCCAACUACGAUAGAUUGGAAUGAAGAUACGGUUGAAUGUCGAGAUGUCGAUCAUAACCUUUUAAAAUUAUACGAACCUAGAGCUGUUCCGGAUCCUGUUACUGAUUCGUUCACUUUCAGAAUUGGAUUUCAUCGCAAUGAUAGAAAUGUUAUGAAAGCUUAUAUAAAUAAUAGUACUUUUGUCCCUGAUAUAUAUGAUCCUACCGUUCAUAAUAUCAUGGCUGGUGGAAAUAUGGAUGCAAAAGAUUUGGAAGCGGAUCAAAACGCUUUUAUUUACGAUACCGAAAAUGGUGUUGUUGAAAUUGCCUUAAUUAACGAAAACGGAGCCACACAUCCUUUUCAUUUGCACGGACAUAACUUCUUCAUCAUGGGUCAUGGGAAUGGAACAGUCCCUGAUCGAUCUCAAUUUAAUAUGGUAGACCCUGCUGUGCGUGAUACCGUAUCCAUUUUUGAAGAUUCAUGGACCGUAAUUAGAUUCAGAAUCGAUAAUCCAGGAGUAUGGGCUUUUCAUUGUCACAUUGAGUGGCACGUUGAAAUGGGCAUGGUAGGACAACUUAUCGAAAGGCCCAGUGUACUAAAAACUAUGGAAAUACCCCCGGAUGUUACGGCACUAUGCCCAAAAACUACCAAACAAAAAAAUGCGGCAAGAAAAAGAUAUGAAAGAUUUUACAAGCGUAAUAAAUAUAAUUAUGAAUUUAAACGUAAUAGCCUCAAUUAA